AUGGCCGGCUGGCUGCGCGUCCUGGGGCUGCAGCUGCUGCUCCUGCCCGCGGCGCCGCCCCCCGCCGCCGGCUGCCCCGCCCGCUGCGAGUGCGCCGCGCAGACGCGCGCCGUGGCCUGCGCCCGCCGCCGGCUGACCGCCGUGCCCGACGGCGUCCCGGCCGACACGCGCCUGCUGGAGCUCAGCCGCAACCGCAUCCGCUGCCUCAGCCCCGGCGACCUGGCCGCCCUGCCGCUGCUGGAGGAGCUGGACCUGAGCGAGAACGCGAUCGCGCACGUGGAGCCGGGCGCCUUCGCCGACCUGCCGCGCCUGCGCGUCCUGCGCCUGCGCGGCAACCUGCUCAAGCUCAUCCCGCCCGGGGUCUUCGCGCGCCUGCACAGCCUCACGCUGCUGGACCUGAGCGAGAACAAGCUGGUCAUCCUCCUGGACGACGCCUUCCAGGACCUGCGCAGCCUCCGCCGCCUGGAGGUGGGCGACAACCACCUGGUGUUCAUCUCGCGCCGCGCCUUCGCGGGGCUGCUGGCGCUGGAGGAGCUGACCCUGGAGCGCUGCAACCUCACGGCGCUGCCGGGCGAGUCGCUGGGCCACCUGCGCGGCCUGGGCGCGCUGCGCCUGCGGCACCUGGCCAUCGCCGCCCUGGAGGACCAGAACUUCCGCAGGCUGCCCGGCCUGCUGCACCUGGAGAUCGACGACUGGCCGCUGCUGGAGGAGGUGGCCGCCGGCAGCCUGCAGGGCCUCAACCUGACCUCGCUGUCCGUGACGCACACCAACAUCUCCGCCGUGCCCGCGGCCGCGCUCCGCCACCAGGCGCACCUCACCUGCCUCAACCUGUCGCACAACCCCAUCAGCACGCUGCCGCGCGGCUCCUUCCGCGACCUGGUGCGCCUGCGCGAGCUGCACCUGGCCGGCGCGCGGCUGGCCGUGGUGGAGCCGCAGGCCUUCCUGGGGCUGCGGCAGAUCCGCCUGCUCAACCUCUCGGACAACCUGCUGUCCACGCUGGAGGAGAGCACCUUCCACUCGGUCAACACGCUGGAGACGCUGCGCGUGGACGGGAACCCGCUGGCCUGCGACUGCCGCCUGCUCUGGAUCGUGCAGCGCCGGAAGACCCUCAACUUCGACGGGCGGCUCCCGGCCUGCGCCACCCCCGCCGAGGUGCGCGGCGACGCGCUGCGCCUCCUGCCCGACUCGGUGCUCUUCGAGUACUUCGUGUGCCGCAAGCCCAAGAUCCGCGAGCGGCGGCUGCAGCGCGUCACGGCCGCCGCGGGCGACGACGUGCGCUUCCAGUGCCGCGCCGAGGGCGAGCCCGCGCCCACCGUGGCCUGGGUGACGCCGCGCCACCGCGCCGUGACGGCGGCGGGCGCCGGGCGCGCGCGCCUGCUGCCGGGGGGCACGCUGGAGAUCCGCGGCGCGCGCGCGCAGGACAGCGGCACGUACACGUGCGUGGCCAGCAACGCGGGCGGCAACGACACCUACUUCGCCACGCUGACCGUGCAGCCCGAGCCCGCCGCCAACCGGACGCCGGGCGACGGCCGCAACGACACGCAGGCGGCCGCGCGCUUCCCGCUGGACCUCACCACCAUCCUGGUGUCCACCGCCAUGGGCUGCAUCACCUUCCUGGGCGUCGUGCUCUUCUGCUUCCUGCUGCUCUUCGUGUGGAGCCGCGGCCGCGGGCAGCACAAAAACCACUUCUCGGUGGAAUACUCGUUCCGCAAGGCGGACGGGCCGGCCGCCGCCGCGGGCCCGGGGGGCGCGCGCAAGUUCACCAUGAAGAUGAUCUGAGGGCCGCGCCGCC